AAAAACGAAUUGUUAUAAAAAAGGGGUCGGAUCUUCAAAAACCGAUUUGAUGCUAAAAACCCUAAAACAAACCCUAAGAUUCAUUUCAGAAGAUUUGCUUAUUUUUGUUCAUACACUCGAGAAGAAAAUUCGGAAUUUCGUUCGUAGGAAGAAAAAGGAUGGGGAAAACAUCGAAUUCGAUGGAAGAUCUUCACGCAGCAGCUCGAGCAGGCGAUGUUGUUGCCGUACAGACCAUAUGUAGCUCUAAUCCAUUGUCUGUCAACUCCAGGGAUAAACACUCCCGAACCCCACUUCAUUUAGCAGCAUGGGCUGGGCAGACGCAGGUUGUGAAUAUCCUUUGCAAGAACAAAGCAGAUGUUGGUGCAGCUGCCAUGGACGAUAUGGGGGCGAUUCACUUUGCCGCUCAAAAAGGUCAUUUGGAAGUCGUGCGAACACUUGUAUCAUCUGGGGUCUCCAUCAAAUCCUUAAACCGUAAGGGCAUGACUGCCCUUCACUACGCUGUGCAGGGAUCCUAUCUCGAUCUCAUCAAAUACUUGGUCAAAAAAGGUGCAAAUGUAAGUAUAAAAAAUAAAGCUGGGAAGAGCCCUCUCGAUCUUGCAAGCAACGAAGAGAUCCGUUUGUUGUUAAGUUGUCCAAGUGAAUCGAAAGAGAGAGAUGUGAAUGGUAGUGAAGACGGUCAACCGGGAGCAGUUUCUGAAGGACAGACAAAGGAUUCUCGAAAUGAAGAUGAUGUGGAUAGAAAUGAAAACGUUGGACAAUCGAAAGACGAAUCAGCUAAGAGGAAGCCGGAGGAUGAUGUUACGAAUGCUGCGAUGGCGGGAACAAAGAAGACAAAAGUUGCUCUUAAUCAUCUUUUAACUUCAGAUGAUGCACAAGAAGAGGAGGAGUUAUAAAUGAUGUUUUUGAGGGGGGUGUGUGUAGACUACAUAUAAUGUGA